CUCAUCCAUCCAUGAAUUCACAGUUGCACUCAUCAUCUAUCCAUCCAUCCAUUCAUCUAUGUUAUACACAGUGGCCUUUGCUGUAGCCAAAUCAUGAAUGUUGUCCUAGCUUCUUAAGAAAACCAAUGUGUAGCCAACUUGUUUUAUUCUUAUACUUGUUUAUCAUUAUGAAUUACUUUCUCUUUCUUGUAUUGCCUUCUUUUUCUUAUGCUUCUUCUUUUUCCCACAGCAAUGCUUUAAGUGCUUCUUCUUCUUCUUUUGAAGCAUAUGCUUUGGUGGCAUGGAAGGCGAGCCUCGAUAGCCAAUCUCUUCUGUCUUCUUCUUGGGUAGGAAGCGAUCCUUGCAGUCAAUGGAUAGGAAUUGGAUGUCAUAAGUCGAACAUGAGCAUUUCAUCUAUAAAUCUCACAAGCCUUGCCUUGAGAGGUAAGCUUCAUGGUUUGAACUUCUCAUCUUUUCCUCAUCUCCGCAAGCUUGAUCUUAGCAACAACUCUCUCUUCGGAAAUAUCCCAUCCCACCUUGGAAACCUUUCAAGGCUCACCCAUCUUGACCUAUCUUCCAAUAAUCUCUCUGGAAUUAUUCCAUUUGAAAUAAGCUUCCUAAAAAGGCUUGUCAGCCUCUCCUUGUCUAAAAAUGAGAUCUAUGGGCCUAUUCCUCCAGAUAUAGGACUGCUUACAUCUCUCAAUCACCUAGACUUGUCAAACAACAAUCUCACAGGUUCAAUUCCAACUUUGAUAGGAAAGUUAGGCAACUUAACCACUUUGUAUCUUUACGAAAAUAUACUUUCCGGAUCCGUUCCUAAGGAGAUUGGAAUGCUUAAAUCUCUUAAUGAUCUUGAAUUGUCAGGUAACAACCUCAUAGGUCCAAUCCCAACUACCAUAGGAGAAUUAAGCAAUUUGGUCUUUUUGUACCUUUUUGACAACAAGCUCUCCGGAUCCAUUCCUUCUAGUAUGGGAAACUUAACUAAACUUAAUGAUCUAGCUCUAUCAUUUAAUAAAUUGUCGGGCCUUAUCCCUCCAGAAAUAGGGAAAAUGAAAUCCCUUCAAAGCUUGAGCUUGUGUGCAAACAAACUCUAUGGUUCCAUUCCGUUCGAAAUGAAUAAUAUAACACAUUUGAAUGAUUUGGCUUUGGACGAUAAUAAAUUCACAGGUCAUUUGCCUCAGGAUAUAUGUCUUGGUGGAUUAUUGAAGCGUUUAACUUUAUCCGGAAACAAUUUCAUGGGCUCCAUUCCUAAAACAUUGAAAGAUUGCAGUAGCCUCACCAGAGUUAGGCUUGAAAGAAACCAACUUACUGGGAACAUAUCCCAUGAAUUUGGUGUAUAUCCGUAUCUAACUUACAUUGAUUUAAGUGACAACAAAUUCUACGGUGAGCUUUCUCCUAAAUGGGGCCGAUGCUAUAAUUUGACAGCCCUAAAGAUCUCUAGGAAUAACAUUUCUGGUGAGAUUCCUCUUGAGCUCAGGGAGGCUACCCAACUAAAGGUGCUUAACCUUUCCUCGAAUCAUCUUUCUGGGGAGAUCCCAAAGGAACUCGGAAGGUUGUCAUCAUUGUUGGUACUUUUGCUUGACAAGAAUAGGCUUUCAGGUAGUAUUCCUGCAGAAAUUCAAAUGCUUUCAAAUCUGGAACAUCUUAACUUGGCUUUGAAUAAUCUAAGCGGCAUGGUUCCCAAAGAAAUGGGGGGCUUCUCGAGACUAUGGAGCUUAAAUAUGAGCAAUAACAGAUUUAGAGGAAUUUUGCCAGUUCAAAUCGGCGAGUUAGUCUCUUUGCAGGUUCUUGAUCUCAGUAUGAAUUUGCUGGUAGGAGAGAUACCACAGGAGGUUGGUAAAUUGAUCAAAUUAGAAACAUUGAAUCUCUCCCACAAUGAGUUCUCUGGUUUAAUUCCAUCUACUUUUGAUGAUCUCUCUGGCUUAACAUCCAUUGAUGUAUCAUAUAAUAAGUAUUUACAGGGUCCUAUUCCUACCACAAAGCCCUUUCAAAUUGCUCAGAUUGAUUCAUAUAGAAACACAGGCUUGUGCGGCAAUGUUACAGGGUUGGAGGCUUGUUCCUCUGUGAUGAGCGAUAAUUCUCAAGGGAAAAAGGGAAAAAAAGUCAUGAUCUUAACUAUAAUCCCCAUUUUAGCAGCAGUAUUUGUCCUACUCAUUAUAGUUGGAAUUUUUUUCCUCGCUCGUGAAAAAGAGAAGAAGAGGGAUAAACGACCACGAGAACUACAAAAUAAAAACAUUUUUGCAGCAUGGAUGUAUGAUGGGAAGAUGGUGUAUGAACAAAUAGUUGAAGCAACAGAUGGAUUUGAUCCCAAAUAUUGCAUUGGAGCAGGUGGAUAUGGAGUCGUUUACAGAGUGGAGCUUCCUCGUACCGGUCAUGUCGUUGCCGUGAAGAAACUUUGCCCUUUACAGGGUGGCGAGAUGGCAAACUCAAAAGCCUUUGAAAGUGAGGUUCGGGUGUUGACAGAAAUACGCCAUCGAAACAUUGUGAAGCUCUAUGGUUUUUGUUCACAUACGGAGCAAUCUUUUCUUGUUUAUCAGUUCAUAGAAAGAGGAAGUUUGGGAAAGAUGUUAAGCAACGAUGAGGAGCAAGCAAUGGAGUUAGAUUGGGGUAAGAGGGUAAAGGUCGUGAGAGGAGUUGCAAAUGCUUUGUCCUACUUGCACCAUGAUUGCUCACCACCAAUAAUUCAUCGAGACCUUUCCAGUAACAAUGUUCUGUUGGAUUUGGAGUACGAGGCUCGUGUGUCUGAUUUUGGGACUGCUAGGCUUUUGAAGCCUGACUCCUCCAAUUGGAGUUCAUUGGCUGGCACUGUUGGGUAUAUAGCUCCAGAGUUCGCUUAUACAAUGAAAGUGACUGAAAAGGCCGAUGUUUAUAGCUUUGGAGUCGUGUCAAUGGAAGCAAUUAUGGGGAGGCAUCCAGGCGAUCUCAUCUUGUCUUUACCAUCAUCAGAAACAUCAUCAUUACUGUCAUUUGCUAAUCAAUUAAUACUAUUGAAAGAUGUGGUAGAUCAACGAAUAUCGCCUCCUAUGGGUAAAGUUGCAGAUGAAGUUGUUUCUAUUGUGAAGCUAGCGUUUGCGUGUUUGCAAGACAAUCCUCAAUUUCGACCUACAAUGCAACAAGUUUCAAAAGAAUUAUCAGUUGAAAGGCCACCUUUGCAUAAGCCAUUUUUUGAACAAACAUUAGGUGAUUGCUUGGAAGUAGGUAUCUAAAUAGGCCAACUUUUGCUAAUACACACCUUUGAUUUCUUUUUUUUUUUACAUAAUGUAUUUCCCACAAUAUGUGUGUCUUUGUGUGUUUAAGUAGUUAAAAAUAUGUGUAUAAAAUGAGACUAUUUCAUUAA